AUGACUCCCCCAACCCACAACGUCCUCAUCCUCGGCGCAGGCGGCUACCUCGGCCACGCCAUCGCCACCGCCUACAUCCGCACCGGCCGCUGGCGCGCCUACGGCCAAAUCCGCAACCCCUCGCACGCCACGCGCCUCUCCGCCGCCGAAAUCACGCCCAUCCUCGCCCGCGACCUCGCCGACCCGAACCUACCCGCGACGCUCGCCUCCCACGCGCCGUACUACAACGCCAUCGUCGUCGCCAUCGACGACGCCAUGCUCGGCGACGCCUACCCCGCGCACCUCGACACGCUCAUCCGGCUGUGCCGCGUCGUCGCGGCGUUGAGUCGAAGCGCGACGGAUGGGAAGGUCAAGCCGCUCGUGCUGCUCUCGUCUGGCCUCAAGGACUUUGGCGAGACGGGGUUGGAUGGGGAGGAGGGCUUGAAGCCCAUCACGGAGGAGUCGCCGCUUAAUCCGCCGAACGCGACGCGCGUGCGCGCGGUGACGUGUGGGCAGAUCCUUGAGCAGGGUGGUGGGGAGGACGGGUUCGAUGCGGUUCUAGUGAGGCCGUCGAACUUGUACGGGUUGAGCGGGUCUGCGUACGGGUAUUUCUGCAAGAUGGCGGAGCGCGCUGCGGCUGCGGACGCAAGUGGCGAGCUGGUGCUCGGUGCGGAUCCGCGGACUAUCUUGCAUAGCACGCACGUCGAGGAUGCGGCUGAGGCGUACGUCGCGCUGUCGGCGGACGGUUUGAGGGAGGCGGUGCGCGGGCAGUCGUUUAAUGUUGCGGGCAGCAGGUACGAGACGCUGGGGGAGAUUGGGGAGGCGCUGGUAAGGGAGUACGGGAUUAAGGGCGGCGUGCGGUACGAUCCGGGUGUGAAGGAGCGGGCGGGCCCGGGGUUGGAUUUCUUCAUCGUGGGGUUCUCGGAGUGGGUGUCGUCGGAGAAGAUUAGGAGGGUGACUGGGUGGAGCGAUAGGAGGGCGACGUUCGCGGAGGAUGUUGGCGUGUAUAGACGUGCUUACGAGGCUGCGCUUCAGCAGGGGCAUCCGGAUGCGGUGAGGUGGGAGGGGGCGAUGGGUAGUCACUGA